GCGACGUAAGGACUAUAAAAUGAGUACUCGUCGGCGUCGGAGCGAAUUGUUAAUUGGCGCGAACACGUAGUAGCGAUUCGGUGCGUGGCAGAUAAAACCCGCGGAUCAUGUCGAACGAACUGAGGGACGUCCAAAAUUUGGACGAAAUCCUCCGAUCGCAUUUGAAAAGUGGCGAAACGAUCGAAGACGUGCGAACGACCAGGCUGACGGCUGUCGGUGACAACUACGGUUCGUUGAUGUUGAGGCUGGAAAUCAGGCUGAAAAAUGACGUGACCAAAGACUCGCGAACUUUGGAGGUUGUGGCGAAAACGCUGCCCCGCAGUGAGUUCGUUCAGCACAUCUUCAACGUCCAGGUCACCUUCAAGAACGAAAUUGCAUUUUACACGUCGAUCAUCCCCGCACUGGAUCGCUUCGCGAAGGAAAGGGAUGCCAGUGCGGAUACGGACUUCGUUCCCAAACCUUACGGGGGUCGAAUCAGUCUCAACCCUGCUAACGCCGUAGUGGACGACGACGCAGUUCUGAUAUUGGAAAAUUUAAAGAUUUUGGGUUAUAAAAAUGGUUCCAGACAAGAAGGCUUCGACCUGUCGACCUCCAAACUAAUCUUGGAGUCAUUCGUAAAGCUCCACGCUUAUUCUAUUGGCCUGAGACUGGAGGAUCCGAAGGUGUUCGAGUCAGACGUGAAGCCUUACCUCCACGAUUACAUCUUCGAUGAAAAACUCGUCGAAAUGGCCAUCGAUAAGACCAGGGACAUCCUCAAAGCUGAGGGCUUGGCGGCAGACCUAAUCGAGCGAUCCAUAGAGACCAUUAAACAGAGAAAUAAGAAUGCGGUGGAGCCGUGGAUCGGUGUGACUCACAACGAUGGUUGGGUGAACAAUAUCAUGAUCAAAUGGGAUGAAAACGAUAGGCCAGUGAGUGUAAAACUGGUCGACUUCCAGGUAUGCGAGUACAAAUCAGUCCUGAGGGACAUUUUAUUCUUCCUCUUCACCAGCGUCCGAAACGAUAUCCUGGCCGAUAAUCUGGAUAAACUGCUCGACCACUAUUACGAAAAUUUCGUCGCAACGUUGAAAAAUAUAGGAGUUGACGCGUCGAGGUAUUCGAGAGAAUCUUACGACGAGCAUCUGAAGAUUGCCGCGAGGGAUUACGUGUACUUUCACACGGUCGUGAUGCUGGAACCGAUUCUCACCGACAAACCGGUCGAUCUUUCCGACUUGAGCUUCGAGGAACUGGAAAAGACGCCUCGAUUCCAGGAAACCAGCUCAGGUCACAAGGAUAAGCUCCUGCUGGUGACCAACACGUUCGACGCGAAGGGCUGGUUGGUUUCGUGACGCUUGGAAAAUAAGUUUUUGUUUUGUUUUUAUUAAAACUGGUUUCGGAAACAAUUUAGUUUCAUUUACACAGUUCUUCAACCCUUUUAGAUCAGAUUAGGUCACAUUGUUCCGCAAAAUACAGUGAACGGCUAAAAU